AUGAAACGGAGAGGCCAAGACGACGGGUUUUGGAGCGACUCGGCCUUCGGUUUCUUCCUCCUCGAUGGCACGCUCGCGCACCCAGACGGCUGCUUCUCGCAGAAAAAGAACUCCAGAAAGCCUGUACGGUGCCCCGAAUGCGACACGGUGAUCAAUCGGAGUAACGACCUGGGACGGCACAAGAAAGUGCAUAACAAGGCGCUUCAUUUGAUAAAAUGCCCAGUCGAAGGGUGCAAGCGUGCGGUGCUACAAGCGUCAAACUUACGGUAUCAUAUGACCGCGGACCACGGAUGGCCCCCUAUCCUCUAUUGGUGUCUGGUUCCAGGGUGCGACUUCGACGGCAACAUGCCGUCGACGUACACGCGGCGUUGCAAGAAAAAGCACAAAGUCAGGCCGACGGCCUUGUACCGGUCCAUCGGUCGGAGGUCCCAUCCGAUCUACGACAAGAUCCAGAGGGGUGAGAUCGACGAGAUUCCUUGGCCACUCCCGCGCGAGCCCUCCGACGAGCGUCUUGAGGAGGUCGAAGACUGCCCUGUGAAGGCUCCAAGAUCGCCAUCGCCCACGGUGACCUUCGACGACGUCGAGCCUCGUCCUCGCUACCUGGUUCCGACCCUUCGUCCCUGUACAUGGUCCGACGAGAAGAUCCGUGCCGCCGCGCCCGCACAGUCCCGCAACGACGUGCCGUCCAGCACUUGCUCCCCCUCCCCGAGGGCUGCCGAGCAGGUCGUGCUUCCUCCCUGCUCCUCGAUCAUGGACCCGGCGUCGUGGUGCCCGCCUCCUCCUCGACCUCAGGCGAGUCCGAUCCCCUUCAACGCGGUGGAUUGCAACCUAGCAGGCCGCCGGGAUAACGUCUCCUGCUUUUUCCCAUGGAGCCAUUCGUACGCGCGCCAGGAGGCACCCUGUUGUGGGCAGCGCCAAGGCGUGUCGCACUACCGGAUGCCCACCCACCCGUGA